AUGUUCCGAUCCGCUGUCCUCCGAUCCGUCCGCGUCGCCGCCCGACCUGCCAUGCGCUCCUUCGCCGUGGCGCCCCGCGCCGCUGCCGUUGCCGUCCCCAAGAUCCAGAGCUUCCAGGCCGUGCGGUUCUACAGCGCCGGCGGUGCGCUCAACAAGGGCGAGGUUGAGGGCCGAAUUAUCAGCUUGUUGCAGGGUUUUGACAAGGUCAACGAUGUCUCCAACAUCAAGUCCUCCGCCCACUUCGCCAACGACCUCGGUCUCGACUCUCUUGACACCGUUGAGGUCGUCAUGGCCAUCGAGGAGGAGUUCAGCAUUGAGAUCCCCGACAAGGACGCCGACUCCAUCCACUCCGUCAACCAGGCUGUUGAGUACAUUCUGAACCAGCCCGACGCCAACUAA